GGAAUAGUUAGUAAGUCGCUCCUCAGCGAAGUAAAAAAUGAAUUGCAUAAAUGCUUAUAUAGUCCUUGUGUCUAUUGGCCUAUGCAUAUCGGCAGAAAAUUCCGAUCCUUUAACCUCUAUACAGAUACAAGAGAAAAUCAAGACAACGACGGAUACCCUAACCUCUAUUGAUAAGCUUUUGCUUGACUUGGAGGCUCGUCGAGAGUCCUUACAGCAGAUGAAGGAAUCUUUUAGCCAAGAAAGGGCCGACAUCUACCCCACUUCCUGCCUGUCUACGUACAACCAAAACCGCUCAAGUCUUAUGGUGCAGGUCCCGGGGCACUCUGCUUUCCAGGUUGCCUGCGAUACUUCCCAGUUGGCCGGACUGGGCUGGUUGGUCAUUCAGAGGCGCAAGAGCGGCAAGGUUAAUUUUUAUCGCGAUUGGAGUGAAUAUAAGACGGGAUUCGGGUACGAGGAAGACGACUAUUUCAUAGGCCUGGAGAAGCUGCAUUGGCUAACGGCCUACCAGCCUUUCGAGCUCUACAUCUACUUAGAGGAAUUCUAAAAUAUAAAGAGUUUCGCCAAAUACGACGAGUUUAUCAUUGGCGACGAGUCCGAAAAGUUUGCCUUAAAAGUACUUGGUCAGUACUCCGGAACCGCUUGAGACUCCCUAAGCUACCAAAAGGGUCAGGCGUUUUCCACAUACGAUCAGGACAAUGAUAAAUCCGGUAACACAAACUGCGCCCAAUUCCAUGUCGGAGCUUGGUGGUACAACAAUUGUGCUGAGAGUAAUCUAAAUGGUCAACAUGUCGACAUUUUUGGCAAAUUACCCGAAGACAAGGCGCGAUUGAUUACCUGGAAUUCAUUUAACACGAGUUCUCAUUUCUCAUUUGUUCAAAUGAUGAUUCGUCCCAAAUUCGGAUGUUUUUAGAUAUUUAAGGAGAGACUUUCUAUGUCAUGGAAUGCAAAUCAAAGUUUACAUUGAUAUAUUAAAAAAAUAUUGUGCAAACCUUAUGUUUUUAUUAGUAUAAUAAAAUCUUAAAUUUCACCGCCAAUUGCUCUGACAAUACUCUACUUAAAAGUUCA